AUGGCUCCGUUUACAGAACAAUGUAAUCCCCACUUGGGUCCUGGCUCGAUUAUCGACCCCGAUCCCCGAAAAUACCGACAUGCGGAGAUUAUACUCAACGCAGGAUAUUCUCAAGUUCGUCUGUCAGUACAGUAUUGUGUCUCUGUGACAUGUCACUGGUACCGAACGAUCGAUGUUCUCUUGGAGGGCAACCCGCAUACCUUUUUGCCGGGGUUGUGUCUUGCAUCCACUGAGGAACAACAUGCAUUUGUGUGUGAGAAGGGUCCAGAUGGAACGGUUACGCAGUAUUAUCAGAUCAGUGCAGCCAAUCCAGCCAUUGCAUUGGUUCGGCUAGCUGCCUCAAGGUCCAACACCCAGUCUGGUCUCAAGUUCAUCCUGCCUGUGAACUCAGGAUAUUUGCGCCGUGCGGAUAUUCUCGAAGAACGCUUCCGGGGCUGCGAUCAAGUGGAAUGUGUCAAUGGCUUUGCAGUGUCCACCGAGCAGCGUCUGAAUCCUUGCAACGAAGGUUGGUGGCUAUCGGAUAUCUUAUUGUCCGCGUGCGGAGGCAUCAUCGUCAGAGCGCCACAGACCGGAACCACGAUCUAUUCUGUUCUCAAACAAGUAGAAAGCGAGAUCCGACGUCGCCUAUCAUUCCAAUGGCUAUCGUCCGAACCAGUUCGGCGCAAGCGGCUCGCCGUCGUCCAGGCUCGGAAGGAGUAUCACACGAUUGAGCGUUUCUACAUGGCUGCAAAGUCAUUAAACAUCAACUUAAUAGCCGUCGACUCGCCUGGCCACUGGCUAGAAGCCGAUGGUGGACCGAGUGCCUCAAUGCGAGAGGAGUUCAUUGCCUUCGACAUGACCGUUGAUGAGACCUUCUCUAUUCGACUGUACCACGCACUCAAAGAUCGCAACCUAGAUGGAAUCAUCACCUCCAACGACCGACAUCUAGUUGGAGUAGCUGAAGCAGCCGAAAUGCUCGGAUUGCCCACCAUGCCUUCAGAGGGCCUGAAAGUCGCAACAGACAAGUACGCAACUAGAGCCGCCGAGGAGGCUGACACCCCAGUCCCAGCAAGCUUCCGGGUUCAAAGUAUAGAAGAGCUCGACGAUCUCGUAACACGGCCCAAUGCACCACCACUCACAUUCCCGCUGAUUGUGAAGCCUUGUCUAGGCUGGUCGAGCGACUGCGUCACACGGGUGACGACCAUCGGCGAACUCCGUGACGCUGUACACCGCGCCUCUGUCCGUCACUUAGGGUCAAUUUCCACCAGUACCGGUGUGGUUAUCGAGCCCUAUAUUGACGGACCUGAAGUAGAUACCAAUAUAAUCCUGCUCGACGGAGAGUGUCUGUUUUUUGAAAUCUCCGAUGAUUUCCCUUGCACUGGAGACGCACCCGACGCAAAUGCCCAGACGAGCAACUUUCAAGAGACUCAGAUCAUGUACCCCACAGCCCUCCCUGAAGCCGAACAAAUGACCCUACGAGAUAGCAUCCGGAACAGUCUGAUUCGGUUAGGACUUAACACAGGUGUUUUCCACGUUGAGGCUAGGGUUCGCAAUUCCGUUGCUAGUUAUGCAACCGAUGAAUCGGGGCUGUUUGAUCUCCGCGUUGGCUCAGAUCAGUCGGAUCUCCAAGCUGAGCAGCCCAAUUGCUGGCUGAUUGAAAUCAACUCUCGGCCCCCGGGAGGAUUCUCGGACUGGGCCACGGCCUACAUACAUGGCGUGUGUUAUCAUGCGCAAGCGAUUCUGGCCGCCGUCGGCGACAAAGAACGUUUCAAGGCGCUGGCUACCCCGUUUCAACAACAUGGCGCGGCAACAGCUUGCCCAGAACCUCAAUUUCACUGCAUGUUGGUCUACCUCAGUCCCGAGCGCUCAGGUACGUUGGCCAAUUCGCCCUGCGAAGACACGCUAGCACAUGCACCGGAUCUAAUGAAACAUGUGUUACGGUCUCGUUGCUGGUAUCGGCGUGGAGAAAAAGUAUCUGGACCACAGGAUCCGAGUUUAGGUUGGUUGGCAACGUAUCUUGUUUUUGCGAGGGGUGAGGAUUGUAGGCGUGAGGAAACACUUCAUCUGGGAGAUCGGGUCCGGAAAGAGUUUCGUAUGGAGAUAGAUUAA